CCCCUCCUUUCGGUGGCGUCAGAAAUAGAAACGACUCGAUCCAGUUUGGCGACAAGCGGGAGAGGAACGCGCCGGCUCGAAGGGCGCCCUGGAUUUCCCUGGCUCGCUGUCAGAACGUAAGGGGGGCGAAGGAGGAAAAGAAAGGACCAGUUCCCCGCCGCAAGUAGUGUCUGGAUUUCUUACCUCCCUUCCGCCUUGGAGGAAGCCGAAUCCCCUCCUUUAUUCCGUAAGGAAGCUCGUUAUAAUACUCAGAGCCACAAGGUGCAUUGAAACAAAAACCCGGAGUAAGGCGCACUUAAACGCUUCAGGUUGGAAAGCACGCUUUGGGCACAGCGAUCAUGGCGCUGGAUUUCCUUGCAGGCUGCGUAGGAGGUGCCGCUGGUGUAUUGGUAGGACAUCCAUUUGAUACAGUCAAGGUGGGUCGACUUUUCACAAACUUUCUUACAAUAUGUGAUUAGGCCGAAGGUAGUACUAGCCCUUACAAAUAGAAUGGGGAAGGGAUGUAGAUGUUUGAGACCAAGUAAAACACGUAUAGACCUUUCAGUAGAUUACAGUCAUACUAAAAUACUUUAACGUCCCAUUAAACCUUCCACAGAAAUGGAGCAUUUAGAGUUUCAGGUUACAUCAGCCCUUGUCUGAUGCACUUAAAAAGUGUUCUGAGAUAUGAGUCUUCAACCAUAUUUUAAUAAGAUAGUUCAGUGACAUCUAAUAAAUCCUAGAUAUAGUUUUGAGCGUACAUAACUCUUUUGUACUAAAAUAAAAUUUUAAAAUGCACUUUCCUUAAUCCUGCUUUAUCUGGUGCACUUCUUUUAUUUGCAUUUGAAGCAAUUAAUUUGUUAAUUAUAUUGACUAGAUGACUGUUUGCUGCAUGAUGAAACAGUCUUGCUGAUUUAAUGUGCUUCUUCCCAUCCAAGGAAAGAUGUUGUGAGUUUUCAAUGACAAUUUUUAUUUUCUUGUUUAAGACAUGGAUGUAUAUGGGUUGCUGUUGGAGAGAUAAGUAGUAAAAUUUUUGGCAAGAAAAAAAACACUAGAAUUUGGGUAAUAUCUGUGGCUGUACAGAAGCCAGAUAAUAUCUCAAAACAGGAUUGUGAAAUAAGAUACAAAUAAUGGGAAUACAGGGAUUUGAGUUGUAAACAUGUUCAUAUUUUUACUUUAGAGAAACCCUCACUGAAAUCUGUGGGGAUUCUUUUUGAAUAUUUACGUGCAGGAUGAAGUUAUAAUGCUAUAGAAUAUAAAUUAAAGUAAAAGGGCUUAAAUCCAAAUAUUUCAGCUUGUAUGUGAAUUGUGUAACCUUUUUGAAGAGAAAAUGUGCUGAAUAACACUCUGUAGAUAAUCUUAUAGAGUCAAAGACUAGUUAGCAGCUAUAAGUCUUAAGAAAUGUAAAGUCUGUUGACUUAUAAAUGUAUUUUUAAUUAUUUCAUGCCGAGAAAUAAUUUUUGCUAUGAAUUCAUUUUGUUAAAUUACUCUGAAUUUCCUUCCACAUUGUUUCUUAUCAGAAUGAGUAGAUUCUAGGAGUUACAUUUAAUCCUGCAUAUAUUUUAUGGACAGGUUUACAGAAUGAAAGAAUAAGCUGGCAUUCCUGAAUUGAAAUUUAUUUUAGUUUAAUUAUUUUGGUGCAUUUAUAUUCCAUCUAUCACAAACAUGGUAUCUGUGGGAUGUCUAAGUGGUUUUUCACUGGCUUUCUUAGCUUAAGAAAUAUGAUCGCAUCAUGUGUCCUCAAACUGUGCUUGGGCACCAAACAAUAUACUUUCUUGGAAACAUGUUUGACAGAGUAUGCUUACAAAGCAAAUGUAUCAUGGUUGGGAGGUUACUUAAUUUAUCAUAAAUCACCGAGAGACGUUUAUAAUUUGCACAAUACCAACGUUAAAACAAAUAAUUUCUUCUGUAAAUAUACAUGCAUAUAAGUUUAUCUUAAAUGUUUAGCUUGCUACUAUGUUGUCAAAGGAAUAAUGAUACAGCUACUCACACUGAGAGAAGGAAGGGGGAUCUGUUUUGCAGACAGAUUCUAUACAUAUUUAUUUGGAACUACAUCCCAUUGGGGGAUUAGCUUCCAAGAAAAUAUGCACAGGAUUGUAUCAUUACUUUCUUUUAACCUGUCAGAAAUAAAACCACUGGUUUCAUGAAAGGACAGUUUAUGUAGAAUUUAAUCUUUGUUAGUCUUACCUAAUAUGAAAGUCUUUUCCUGAGCAAACUGAGUAGCUAGGCGCUAUUUUCUCUUGAAUGCUACAUUUUAAAAAUAAAUGUAAUGGAAUUUAAAACAAAGUUUAGUAACUUUCCAGUAGUUGUACAGAUUAGGCAGGUUGGGUUUGUGGGAUGGGGAGGGGAGGGCAUGUAAAAUGGGGAAGAUGCUGAAGUGUUUUGGAACCAGCUCUUCAAGUGGAGACUCCUCCCCCCACUUUGUUGAUGUAAUAUGUACAAUUGCUUUGUUGCUUAACUGCCUUUACUUUUUGAGCUAGGGGCUGUCUUCAUUAACAGCAAAAGUGUUACUUUGUUGUAGAUGACAGAUAAGCCUCAUCACGGGAGAGUUACCUAGUACGCCUUCAAGUUCAAAAUGUGGAGAAGCCGCUUUACCGUGGGACUGUACAUUGUUUUCAGUCUAUCAUAAAGCAAGAAUCUGCUCUUGGACUUUAUAAAGGUAUUGGGUCACCAAUGAUGGGACUUACCUUCAUUAAUGCCCUUGUCUUUGGCGUUCAAGGGAACGCUCUCCGUGCUCUUGGAAAGGACACACCGCUACAUCAGUUCCUUGCAGGUUCAGCAGCAGGUGCCAUUCAGUGUGUGAUCUGCUGUCCUAUGGAACUGGCUAAGACACGGAUGCAGCUGCAAGGAACAGGAGAAUACAAGUUGAAGUCCAAGAACUACAAAAACUCUUUGGACUGCUUGGUGAAGAUAUAUCGAAAGGAAGGCCUGAAAGGCAUCAACAGGGGAAUGGUUUCCACAUUUCUGAGAGAGACACCCAGCUUUGGUUUCUACUUUUUGACAUAUGACUGCCUAACCAGGUAUCUGGGGUGUGAGGCGGAGGACAAUUACAUUGUUCCCAAACUGCUUCUGGCAGGAGGCAUGUCUGGCAUAGUCUCCUGGCUCUCUACAUAUCCUGUGGAUGUCAUCAAGUCCCGCCUUCAGGCUGAUGGAGUUGGUGGAAUCAUACGGUAUCAGGGAAUUCUGGACUGUGUUAGAAAAAGCUAUCGGGAUGAAGGCCUAAGGGUGUUCACAAAAGGUCUUACAUCCACAUUGCUUCGUGCUUUCCCUGUUAAUGCUGCAACUUUUGCCACUGUUACAGUGUUCCUUACAUAUAUGAGGUCAGAGGAUGGCCAGAUCAGAGGCGAUUUAAGUGGAUGUGAGGCUGGUCCAGUGAUCCAGCAGCCUUCAAGUUUUUAAAUUGACUGGAAGAUAAAGUUGUACCUGUUACAUAUAAGAUGCCAUCAUUUUUUUAAAAAAAAUAUCUGGAUACCAAAAUUACACAUUUCGGUCUGUAUAAAGCAUCUUUUUAACAUCUCAUUUAUAAAAGCAGCUUAAUGCUUUAGGAAGACUCUGAGUUAACUCUAGAAAUUCAGACAAUGAAAGGACUUGCCCUUUUAAUAUGUGCUUAAAAAUACAUCCGCUGCAUUUUUUCAAUGCAGCCUUGACAUCAACUCCCAUAAUCCCCCAGCCAAUGCAUUAUUAAGGAAAUUCAAUGCAGCUACUGGUCACCAAGUUGAAGAAGUCAGCUUCAAUAUAUUGCAGCCAGCUCGAAAUGCCAUACUUCGCCUAUCAACCUUGAUGCUAAAUUCCUAUUCAGACUCUAUCCAUGUCCAAACAGGAAGAGAAGGGAAGAAUAGGGGCUUUGAACAGAUAAUGAAGGCUUGUAUGCACAGAUGUCACACCCCUUUCAUGUUCAUUGGCUCUCAAUGCACAUUGAAGGUCUGGAUUUGGCUCUCUGUUCUGAUUAUUGCUGAAUCUGACUACUCUAUUCUGUUUAAAGCUGGUUGUCCUGGUAAAUGUAGGGCUAAAAACACUUGCUUCAUUUUCCUGCACUUUAUGCAAGGGGAGCUUGUGUUCUUCCAAAUAAUCUUGGCUUAUAAUUCACAGCCAUCUAAUCAGUGGCCUUGCUGGUGGGAACAGACGGGGUUGAACAACUGGAGAACUACAAGUCUUUGCCCCCUCUAUAUUUUAACAUCCUGUUGCAAGUCAUUCUGUAAAUGAUGUAAGCUACACUUUUACCUUUUUUUAAAAAAAAUUUGCAGUACCUGUUAGGAAGCCUAUAGCCUCUUCCUGCUAGUUGUGAAUAUUUUAGGACAAUGUAUGAACAGCCUGCUCUAUCUCUUGAUCAGUAUGCAGUAAGUUCACUAUCUUAAUCCUGCCACUCAGUAUGCAGAUACCUUCCCUGCUAUUUUUAGAUUAUGGCUUGUUUUUCUGUGCUUCAAAUGCACUUGUGCAGGCAGAUUGCUGCUAUUUGCAUUUGCCUCUUAAUUUUUUUUGUAAUGUAUGCAGUUGCAUCUUGUAAAUGUUUAAAAAUAUUUUAGUUACUACCGUUUUGAGUUGAAAGCUAGAGUAAGCUGUCAGAAAUCUGUUACAACGCAAAAUGUAGACUAACUUGAUUGUUUUUUAGGGUGGUGGUGAUAUAUUGCUUAAAUUACAAUUUCUCCAUGAUUGGGGUAUAUGCACAUAAUUGUGAACUAUACGUAAUAGGAUAAAGGAUGAAAGUAUAUUUAAAAGGAUUUAACAGAAAUGUAUUUUAGAGAAUGCAAUAUUUAAAACAGAAGUAGAGCUCAGUAGUUUAGGAAGGGUUGGUGAACAUGUUACCUGAUAAACUAUCAAGCCUAUUUAAUAGCAUACUUAAAUAGAAAUGCUACAACAUAGUCCCACUGAUAUCAGUAAUAUACUAAGUCAUUAAUUGGGUUUUAGUAACAAAUGUUUAAGGUUGCAAUGGUAUACAUGCUUACCUGGAUGCACAUCUGAUUGAACUCCAACCGAGCUGAUUUCUGAAGAGCAAAAAUACCACCAUUGGCCUAGUGAUAAUGUCUUUCAGGAUGUACUGAUAAAACAAUCCGGGCAGUCAAACAUCUCUUUCACAUCACUAAGUGAAGAAAAAAGCCUUAAACUAUAUCAGAAUUUGGCAUCUCCCUCUGCAGUAAUGAAAUCUGUAGGAGUUGCCUACUAAGUAUUGGAAAUCUCAAGAAUAGUUAGCUUGACACUGGAAGUUUUGUUUCUGUCCACACCCAUCUCACUUAAAGAUCUGCUCCUAACAACUGUUCUGGGUAGGGAAAAAAAAUUCUCUAAUUUUAUGCCAAUAUUUUCACAUAUAUAGAGAAUGGUGGUGAAGAACUGUAUAGCUAUGUGACGUUUCAAUUACAGAGAUUUGAUUCCAAACAAAUUUAAGUAGCUCUCCAAAUUUAAUCAACAUGGAGUUGAAUUGGAUGCAUUCUGAGGUGAGUUUGGCAUAUGCAGAGUAUUUUUCCAAAUCAAUUGAGAAACAUCAAUCCAUUUGAUGUUAUAAUUCAAAUUGAAGCCACUCUCUGCAGUCCUACAGGAUUGGACAUAAUGUCAUUACUCUGGCUGACUUCCUCACACACACUCUUCCAUGGUAACAUAAUGUAAAUGCUCAUUUACCUGAGUUGGACAAAAAGAUGUGGAGCUCCUCAAGUCCAAAGCAGGGAUUAACACUGCCACUUACCCAUUCAGGAAACACAGUGUAUGAAUGUCAUGUGAGAUUGCCAAGCAGCAAGAGGUGAGUGUAACCUUUAGACCUGACACGAUUUCAUUGCCCAUAAGGACACCUUGAUAAGUUAACACUCAGCCAGUGGUCACUAUCUAGCACAUAGUGAGUCAUCAAAGAACCCUACAAAUGUUUUAAAUUGCAGUUGCACUGUUAGCUAGAUCCUGCAAUAUAAAAGUUGUUUAAACACCACUUUUCUCACAUGCUUUUAAGUACUUCCUAUUCUUUUUCCAUUGCUGCUCUCAAGAAUGUGCAAGUCACCCUCCCCCCCAAAAUUGGUACCACUUGCAGACUUAGCUUUAGGCCAGAGCUAACAUAGUUAAGGUUUCCAAAGCAUCAGUUGAAGGCCAUUAUUCUAGCUGCUGAAGAGACAAGGUGAAGAAAAGCUGGUGGAAAAUCUAUCAGUGUGAUACAGAACAGAGGCUAUAUAUAGAAUGUACCAUUAACUAAUUGCAGUGGAUGAUAGUAUUUUUGGGACAGGUGCAAUAUAUCUGCUCAAACUCUUUUUAAUAAAAAUCUAGCCAAUUGUUUUAACAAUUAUGCUGGAGAAACCUGUAAAAUUGGAUUGCUGCUUCUGUACCUUGCAGGUAUGCUGGAUGUUUUAACACUACUUGCAGGGACAUUCAAAUUGA